AUGUGAGCAGUUUAUUCAAGGUAGCGGGAUCUAACCAACGACAACCACGUCUUCCUCACACACUUGCCGGAUAUUUACUCUGCUGUUUUCUGUGUUUAACUUGUUAACACAAUUUUUUGAAGUGCGUGUUCUUUUUUUGCCUCACGGACAGUUUAUUUAUGCGAAACUAGUAGCUACUGUUUAAUGGCCGUCUGCCUCUUUCAUAGCGAAGGAGGCUGAGUGACUACACUUGAGUGUUCGCUCCACAGACAAUACAGGCGUUUGUUCAGCCUGCAUGACUUAUUAAAUGUCUGUUUGCUGCUGUUUCUACUGCCAAGAUGAGGAGGUUGACCAAAAAGAAGGCCCUGACUCUGGUUAGAGAGCUGGACGCUUUUCCUAAAGUUCCUGAGAGCUACGUGGAGUCCACCGCUAGCGGUGGCACAGUAUCUCUGAUUGCCUUCACCCUUAUGGCUGCGCUAGAGUUCUUUGUGUACACUAACACAUGGAUGAGGUAUGAGUAUGAGGUGGAUAAAGACUUCAGCAGUAAACUAAGAAUAAACAUCGACAUCACAGUUGCCAUGAGAUGCCAAUAUAUUGGUGCAGAUGUUCUGGACCUGGCAGAAACAAUGGUUGCAUCUGAUGGCUUAAAAUACCAACCAGUCAACUUUGAGCUCCCACCACAGCAGAAAUUGUGGCACAUGACUCUGCUGCACAUUCAGGAGCGUCUGAAAAUUGAACAUUCUCUUCAGGACAUAAUCUUCAAGACAGCAUUAAAGGGAGCGCCACCUGCCCAGUCUCAGAGUGACGACAGCGCCACUUCCUUUAACGCCUGCAGGAUACAUGGACACAUGUAUGUCAACAAGGUGGCGGGAAAUUUCCACAUCACUGUUGGCAAGUCCAUCCCACAUCCCAGAGGCCAUGCCCAUCUGGCAGCUCUGGUCAGCCAUGACAGUUUUAACUUUUCUCACCGAAUCGACCACCUAUCCUUUGGCGAAGCAAUCCCAGGGCUCAUCAGUCCACUGGACGGCACGGAGAAAAUCACAGAUGAACCCAAUUACAUGUUUCAGUACUUCAUCACCAUCGUGCCAACCAAGCUGAACACAUACAAGAUUUCAGCUGACACACAUCAGUACUCAGUGACGGAGCGGGAGCGAGGGAUAAACCAUGCUGCAGGCAGCCACGGAGUCUCAGGGAUCUUCAUGAAAUAUGAUAUCAAUUCACUGAUGGUCAAAGUCACAGAGCAGCACAUGCCCUUCUGGCAGUUUCUUGUCAGACUGUGUGGCAUCAUUGGAGGCAUAUUCACAACCACAGGGAUGCUCCAUGGUAUGGUUGGAUUCCUGGUUGAUGUAUUCUGCUGUCGUUUCCAACUAGGAAUCUACAAAAUCCUUCAGGAGAACCAUGACCACAGUGAGAGCAACUGUUGUACAACAGAAGACUGACAACAGGCUGAAGAGAUUCUAGGAGUAUGUUUACAUGACUUUUCUAAUUAGUUUUUUUUAAAAUUGGAUUUUGAAAAAAUGGAAUCUGUCAGUGAUGAAGAGUUGAGUUAAAGGUUAAAAAAAAUCUAAGAUUUCAGAUGACGCCUGUAUGCCACAUCUUUAAGGCUAAAUAACUGAUUAAAACAUGCUCUAACACGGAGUUUUUUUAUAUAUAUGUUUUUUUGCAGGACACUUGUGUUCUAUAGUUGAUUAAAAUAACAUAAUUCACCCGUCACAUACUCUGCCGUGUGCUAUACCAUCUCUUCCUCUCCAUGUGUAACCAAGAGUUGAUCUGAAAGAUUGUAUUGACAGCAUACAAUGUCCAAAGCCACUGUGUCAAACACUGACUAUAGAUCAGAAUACCCAGUUGUAGUGGUAACAUGGAGGAGUUUGCUCUUAAAUCUGCUCCUCACCUAAACUGUUGACAAGUACAAAUUCACCAUCUACUUUACUUUUCUUAAAAAAAAAAAAAAGUUAAACUACAAGAGAGAAAAAAAAGAUUAAACUUGAUAUUUCAACAAGACA